UAUUUUCUCCCACACUCCCCAUUUCUUUCUCUCUCACUUCAAAAACCCUCUCUCGUAUUCGCUCUGUCUUUCUCUCUGUCUUUCGCCCCAUGAUUGAACAGAUCAGGCCGUGACCUCCAUUUCCAGCCUCCUUUUCUGCUUCCUUCUCUCGCUUUCUUUCCCAAUAUAGCUCGGAAGCCUUAGAUUUUUUUUUUCCGGCGGAGUUAUGCGGUAGGCUUUAGGCGUUGGUCUUUGUUUUAGCUCGCUCUUUUUCUGCUUGAAAAUUGAAGUUUCGAUGUCUACUGCUCCUUCCUCUUCGUCUUCUUCCAUGUCGAAGAAAUGCUUCAAUUCGGAUUGUACGGACUUCAAAUCCAGGAAAGGUUGGCGGCUGCGUUCCGGUGACUUUGCGGAGCUUUGUGAUCGAUGCUCCUCUGCUUAUGAGGAGGGGAGAUUCUGUGACACUUUCCACUUGAAUGCCACUGGUUGGAGAUGUUGUGAAUCUUGUGGGAAGCGGGUUCAUUGUGGAUGUAUUGUUUCAAUUCAUGCAUUUACACUACUGGAUGCUGGAGGGAUAGAAUGCAUGGCAUGUUCAAGGAAAAAUGUUCUCUUGACAUCAAAUAGCACAUGGUCACCUUCUCUUUUUUAUAAUGCUCCUUUGUCUGAGAGGUUUAAAGACCUUUCUGUCAAAAGUUGGAGUCAAUUAGCUGGAUCAGGUCCCGUUCCGUGGCGGCAAGCACCCAAUUUUUUCAGUUCCUGUGUUCCUCACUCUGAAUUGCAUCCAAGGACCCUAUAUGAAAUUGACAGGCAUAAUACCGGUGAAAGAUCUUCUGCCCCUUAUCUUGAAAAAGGGAGAAUAGAGGAUUUUUCUGACAGAUUAAUAAAUGGGGGCCUGAAACUUGGUACACGAGAUUUGCGUGAGAAUGGAAAUGCAGGAAAAAGCAGUGACGAGAAACCUGGUUUGUGCUUAGGCAUAUCACAACAGCCUUCUUUAAAGGAGGAUCCAUCUGCUCCACAACUUGGAAUGGCUCUACCUUUUGCAUCUUUGAAUGAAUCUAAUGGUCAGAUUGGGGGCUCUGGAACUCCUUUACGGCAGCCUGCUCCACCUUUGGUUGCAAAGCAAUUUCAUGGUAAUGGAACUGACUCAUCACCUGACACUCAGAUUCGCAAUGGAAGGCCUCGAGCAGAUGCCCGUGGAAGAAGCCAGUUACUUCCUCGGUACUGGCCUAGAUUUACUGAUGAAGAGCUGCAGCAGAUCUCUGGAAACUCAAAUUCUGUAAUCACCCCUUUGUUUGAGAAAAUGUUGAGUGCUAGUGAUGCUGGGCGAAUUGGGCGUUUGGUGCUGCCAAAAAAAUGUGCAGAGGCCUAUUUCCCACCAAUCUCACAUCCUGAAGGGUUACCUCUUAAGGUCCAGGAUUCAAAAGGGAAAGAAUGGGUAUUUCAAUUCCGCUUCUGGCCUAACAAUAAUAGCAGAAUGUAUGUUCUGGAGGGCGUAACUCCUUGCAUACAGAACAUGAGAUUGCAAGCAGGCGAUAUAGUAACAUUUAGUCGAUUAGAGCCAGAAGGAAAAUUAGUAAUGGGGUUCAGAAAGGCUUCAACUGCUCCAUCAUCUGAUCAGGACAAUGAUACAAGUAAGACCAAUGGUGUUCCCACAAAUGGAGAUGUUGAAAUGGCUGAUCCGAGUCCUUGGUCUAAAGUUGACAAGUCAGGGUACAUCGCAAAAGAAGUUCUUGAAGCAAAAUCUUCAAAAAAGAGGAAAAGCAGCACAUUAGGUUCAAAGAGUAAGCGCCUGAGGAUUGAAAAUGAAGACGUGAUAGAACUGAAACUAACAUGGGAAGAAGCACAAGGACUGCUCCGUCCCCCUCCUGACCUUGUUCCAAGUGUUGUUGUGAUCGAGGGGUUUGAGUUUGAGGAAUACGAGGAUGCUCCAGUACUUGGGAAGCCAACAAUUUUUGCAACUGAUAAUUUGGGCCAAAAAUUUCAAUGGGUUCAAUGUGAAGAUUGUUUUAAAUGGCGCAAAUUGCCUGCUAAUGCUCUUCUUCAUUCCAAAUGGACUUGUUCUGGUAACACUUGGGAUCCAGAAAGAUCAUCAUGUUCAGCAGCUCAAGAGUUGACAGCCGAACAGCUUGAAGAUCUGUUGCCAUCCUGUAAUUUAGUAGCUGCAUCCAAGAAAAUGAAAGCUGCUAAACAGGAAGCAGAUAAUGUUGAAGCAAUGGAAGGGCUCGACACUCUAGCGAACUUGGCCAUUUUAGGAGAGAACGAGGCACUUACAACUUCAUCUCAGGCAACCACAAAGCACCCCAGACAUAGACCUGGCUGCUCCUGCAUUGUGUGCAUUCAGCCUCCAAGUGGAAAGGGCCCCAAACACAAGCAGACAUGCACAUGUAAUGUGUGCCAAACUGUAAAGCGCCGAUUCAAAACUCUAAUGAUGAAGCGUGAGAAGAAGCAAUCAGAGAAAGAAGCAGAAUCUACAAAGAAAAGGCAGCAGCAAACUUUGCCUGAGAAAUAUCUGGAUGAUGACCCCUCGCCAUCCACCAACACUGGAAGUAGCAGCCCAAACAAGAAGAAGGUGGUCAGUGAAGGUUCAGAUGAUGAUCCCAACAAAAUUAAAUCAUCCACUUCACCUUUUAAAGGCCAAAUAGACCUCAAUAUUCAGCCUGAGCGAGAAGAAGAGUUGUCACCUGGUUCAGAUUCCGGAAGCAUGAUGAAGAUGAUUCAAGAUGCCACUGAUAGGUAUCUCAGGCAGCAAAGGUUGAACUCUGACGGGGACAAUAUCUCAGCAGGUAAUCAAACAUUGGCAUGCCAUGAAAUAGGUGAAAAAGUGAGCAACGGCAUCUUGCUUGGCAGUAGUCAUCAAGAUUCUGACAAAGGUCAUCCUGCAACAUUUUCUGUGGAAGUGUCUGCAUCCUCUCCGGCCGCUGGAUAGAUGAUGCCUUCAAUAAUGCAAUGCUGUAUUGACCGCCCAUGGAGGAUUUGGGAGCUGAUUCAAGGGUAAUACUCUUUGUACAUUUCCUCAUCGGCAUGGUGCUGCUUUGUUCUGUACAUAAAGUAUAGUUGGGAGGGGCAACCGUAUGGUUGAGAAACUGAUAAUUUUGCUGAUUCAUAUUCGUACUGUUAUCUACUGUAAUAUUAGUGGAUGCUGACUAGUUUUAGAGGGAGGAAUGACGAUAACAUGUCAAGUGGGUAGUUGGUUGAAGCUAUGUAGUUCAUUUGUAGGAGCUCACCACUACCCUUAUCAGGAUGAAAGAGUGUAACUAAAGCUGUGCCAGUUUUUUUUUUUUUUUUU